CAGUAAUGUAAUAUUGCUGGGUUGGCACAGCGCAUUAAAGUCACGUGAUUCUGCAUGUCACGUGACGUGAAUGUGAUGCAUAAUCAGCGGAACUAUGCCUCUUAGUUUGUGUUUCCAUGUGGAAGGUAAUUUCCGGAACACUUCAACUCAGCUCGCUGUUGCUAUGACAACUUGUUGCAACCACAGACUUUGUUUUUGUAGUCUGCAGAGCAUUACCUGAACAGCAAUAGAUGAAUUUAAAGCACUGCACUGCAAGUAACAGAAGUAAAAGAUAAUUCUGCAAAUGGAAACUUUAUACGCCGCACCUACUGUCAACCCAGUACUGGAGUGUGCAUUGAAGGAUGAUUUACAAGCUUUAAAGAUGUUGUUUGAAGAUGCCCCUGAACCUGGAAAAGGGAGAGCAACAGAUCUACUCCUAAAAAAGGAUUUGAUGGGAAGAAAUGUCUUGUUUCCAGCUUGCAUUCUGGGUCGAUGUGAAAUAGUUAAAGAAUUGAUCAAAUAUGGUGCAAAUUUAAAUUCACGAACAUCUAGAGGCUAUUCACUGCUGCAUUGUGCUGCAGCUUGGGGCCAACUGGACAUGUUAAAAACCCUAAUAGAAUUGGAUGCUAAUGUAAAAGCUUGCAACUUCUGUAAUGAAAAGGCGUAUGAAAUAGCAGUUCGAUACAAUAAAACUGAAUGUGCAGAUUUCCUGGCCUGGGCUGAAGCUAAACUGGAAUUGAAAAUGUAUAUCAGCUUUGUCCAGCAGUCUUUCACAGAUCUAGAAAAAACGCAAGGGAAACUCAACAAAGAAUACAAGCACCAGACUAUGGCUGCCUGUAAAUACAAGAAUGAUUGGUUAGAGCAUACAAAGAACCCAACCACUCAUGAUUUUGUGGAACAGAAGCAGCAACUGGAAGCUAUUAUGCAAACUAUCUUAAGCAAGCUUAACACUACUCCUGACAGUGGAAAAUACACCAGUAAAUCAUAAGGGACGAAAGCUUAAAUCACUUUCCCCAUGUACAUAAUUUUUCAGCAAAAAUAAAAUUAUGAAAAUA